UGAAGGAGGUGGCUGUGGGGCCCCCGCAAAGGCCCCAGCCUGUGGCCCUGGAGCGCUACAAGGCACGGCGUUCAGACGCCAUGGACACCGAAUCCCAGUACUCGGGCUAUUCCUACAAAUCGGGCCACUCCCGCAGCUCCCGCAAGCACAGGGACCGACGGGACCGACACCGCUCCAAGAGCCGAGAUGGGAAUCGUGGGGAUAAGUCCGUGACAAUCCAGGCUCCUGGGGAGCCCCUGCUGGACAAUGAGUCCACUCGAGGGGAUGAGCGGGAUGACAACUGGGGGGAAACGACCACAGUAGUAACAGGUACUUCAGAGCACAGCAUCUCCCACGAUGACCUCACGCGAAUCGCCAAGGACAUGGAGGACAGUGUCCCACUGGACUGCUCCCGUCACCUGGGGGUGGCUGCUGGCACCACGCUGGCGCUGCUCUCCUUCCUCACACCGCUGGCUUUCUUGCUGCUGCCCCCUCUGCUGUGGCGGGAGGAGUUGGAGCCCUGUGGGACAGCCUGCGAAGGCCUUUUCAUCUCUGUGGCCUUCAAGCUGCUUAUCUUGCUCCUGGGCAGCUGGGCCUUGUUCUUCCGCCGUCCAAAGGCCUCGCUGCCCCGUGUCUUCGUGCUGCGUGCCCUGCUCAUGGUGCUCGUUUUCCUGCUCGUUGUCUCUUACUGGCUCUUCUAUGGUGUGCGCAUCCUGGACGCCCGGGAGCGCAGCUAUCAGGGUGUGGUACAGUUUGCCGUGUCGCUGGUGGACGCCCUGCUCUUUGUGCACUACCUGGCGGUCGUCCUGCUGGAGUUGCGCCAACUGCAGCCUCAGUUCACACUCAAGGUUGUGCGCUCCACCGAUGGGGCCAGCCGCUUCUACAACGUGGGCCAUCUCAGCAUCCAGCGUGUGGCAGUGUGGAUCCUGGAGAAGUAUUACCAUGACUUCCCUGUCUACAACCCCGCCCUUCUCAACCUGCCCAAGUCCGUCCUGGCCAAGAAAGUGUCUGGCUUCAAGGUGUAUUCCCUUGGAGAGGAAAACAGCACCAACAACUCCACAGGCCAGUCCCGGGCUGUGAUUGCUGCAGCGGCCCGGAGGCGGGACAACAGCCACAAUGAGUACUACUACGAGGAGGCAGAGCAUGAGCGGAGGGUGCGCAAGCGGAGGGCCAGGCUUGUGGUGGCGGUGGAGGAGGCCUUCACUCACAUUAAGCGGCUGCAGGAAGAGGAGCAGAAGAACCCCAGGGAGGUGAUGGAUCCCCGGGAGGCAGCCCAGGCCAUCUUUGCAUCCAUGGCCCGUGCCAUGCAGAAGUACCUCCGGACCACCAAGCAGCAGCCUUACCACACCAUGGAGAGCAUCCUGCAACACCUGGAGUUUUGCAUUACACACGACAUGACACCCAAGGCCUUCCUGGAGCGGUACCUGGAGGCUGGGCCCACUAUCCAGUACCACAAGGAACGCUGGCUGGCCAAACAGUGGACACUGGUGAGCGAGGAGCCAGUGACCAAUGGGCUUAAGGAUGGCAUCAUUUUCCUGUUAAAGCGCCAGGACUUCAGCCUGGUGGUCAGCACCAGGAAAGUUCCCUUCUUUAAACUCUCUGAGGAGUUUGUGGACCCCAAGUCGCACAAGUUUGUUAUGCGGCUGCAGUCUGAGACCUCGGUGUGA